AUGGAGGAACCCCCGAUAACCAUUGAAGACUUCUUAAAGGCUCAAAAUAUAGAUGAAUGGCCAAAAUCUACUCAUUUUAGAUAUGACGCUUAUACAUCUUCACUAGCUGUCAAGAGUUUACGAGAUGCCUGUUCACUUGAUUCAAUUCAUAAAUACUUAUGUGACAAUGUUACUACGAAACAUAAAGCUCUCCUAGAAAUGGAAUUUAGGAUGAAGGAUUUAUUUGAUGAUUUUCAUGCACAUGCCUCCCUAUUCUUACAUUAUAUGGAAAACACUGCUUUGGAAGCUCAUACUAGGAAGUUGGAGAAAUUAAGGAAAAUGAUAGAAAAAAAAAGGAAGAAAACAGUAUUUUGGUAUCCAUAUGAUAUAACUAAAAAGAAGACUGUACAGAAUUUUACCUUUUUAGGUUUCAGAGUAAACAUGCCUUCAAAACUACCCAGACAUUUGACAGCUUCUGAAAUUUAUCUUUAUGUUUUAAAAACCCAGAAGCUUGAUGCAAAGAGUUUUAAAAUUUGGUCAUCUUUGCUGCUCACAGACUCAUCUCUUACUCUCUUGCAAGAUGCCUUUUGGUGGUGGUUUCUCUAUAAAUACAAGCAUAAUCAACAUGAUGAAGAUCUCUUGUUUGAUAGGAUUUCAGAAAGCUUUGUGUCAGUUAUCAUGAAAGCCCCCAACUAUAGAAAAGACACUUUUUAUAAGCUUUAUCCCAACUGUGUGGCACAAGCCAUCUAUACAAUAUUCCAAGAAGCAUUUCCAGACUCCUCUCAUCUAUUUAAUGAUGCAUUUAAAGACGAACUAGUGAUGACUAUUUUUCAGUGGAUGACAGGUAUAAAACCUCCAAAAGGCAUUUGGAAUCAAUGGAAUCUUGGUACAUUAGAAGAAAUCACAAUCCAUGGUAACAUAAAAAGGCUUGAACAAAUUCACAAAGAAAGUUCUAUAGAAACAGAAGCUACAAUUAAACAUUUGGAAUUUGACUUGGACAGACUAAUACAUGAAGCCCAAAAUUCACUGCUUCCAGUAUCUGAACUAGCGCCAAGUAUACCAAGAAAGUCUCAUGUUUUGGGCCAUGGUACAGAAUUUUGCCAUGUUCUCUUCAGAAUUGGAGGUCAGAGUCCUCUGGUAGCAUAUUAUCUGAAGAUGCAUAAUAUUGCAAUAAUUCCAAUAGUCCCCUAUUCUUACAAGAUUCACAUGACUCAAGUUUUUCGAUGGCCGACAGAUCUGAUGCCAACAUAUCGUGAUGCUAUAGCAGAAAGCAAAAAAAUAUUGGCCAGAAACAAAGCUGCUUAUAAAGUAAAAUUCAAAACUAUUAGAGAAGAAAUAAAAUCACUUAAAAAUAAGCAACUGGAAUUGAACAAGAACUUUCUAAGACUGAAAAACAAAGCCCGACGGAAACCAGAGAAAGCUAUGAGUGAUUGUCUAAAAUAUUUAGAAAAACUGCGUCAAGAACAAAGACCAGAAAAUUAUGAGUUAACUAGAUCACCAUCAUCUGUUGCUGCCGCCACCGUAGCCACAAUCCCUGCUUUGGCUUAUCUACCUUCCUGUCGUGUUAUUCAUUAUCCUGAAGAUGAAAAACUUAAGCUUCAACAUGAAAAAGAGCCAGUUAAUCCAUAGUAAUAAAUGUGUAUGUACAUACCCUGAGAAAAAGCUCAACCAUUUCAUGGCCUCAGUUUAAUUAUAAUAAUAAAUUUUACUGACUUUUCAA